UGGCUAUAAUACUGUAGGCGUCGCCAUUCGAUGGGAUUUCCUUUCUCUCUCUGUCUCUCUCUCUGAGGGUUUCGAAAGCGCCUGAAAUCGUCUCCGAUCUCUGAAGAAAAAUCGCCCCCUCUAUUCCUUCCUUUCUCACCAUCUCUCAUCUCCAAUCCGAAGAUUUCGAUCUCGAUUUCAAUCUAUGAGACCUCGGAGCAGAAGAAAAAGAGCCGAUUUUCAUUUCCAGGAGCUGGCCUGAGAAUUAGGGCUAGGGUUUUCUUUUUUCUCCGGUAGAUUUAUUUGUUUCAUAAGAGCCGUUGGGAUCUAGGGUUUUGCUGCUUUGGUUAUAUGAGAGAUUAGAAUUGGCGGUGAUGGAUAUGGAGCUCGUUGGGGACAUUGCGUCCCUCGACCCGGAAUUGCUGCAGCUUCCGGAGGUUUCUCCGUUGGCGCUCAAAUCGAACCCUUAUGUUGCAGACGAGCUGUUCUCGCAGUGGCUCUCACUUCCAGAGACGGGUCGAAUGGUAAAAUCCUUGCUUGACGAUGCAAAGGCAGGCACGCCCUUGAGCAAUCCUGGGAACUCUAGCAGUACACAUGCUGCUGCAACCAAUUCAUUGCCUUCUAUGUUUCCUGCUGGCGGUGCACCUCCACUUUCACCAAGAAGUACUUCGGGUUCUCCACGUAUUAUGAAGCGUGCAAUGGUUGGGCCUUCUACUUUAGGUUCUCCACUAAAAUUGGUCAGUGAGCCAGUGCGAGAAGUCAUACCUCAGUUCUAUUUUCAGAAUGGUCGCCCUGCUACAAAUGAACUGAAAGAGCAAUGCUUGUCUAGAAUUGAUCAUCUUUUCUUUGGUCACAUGGAUGGACUCCAAGUUCAAGACUUCAAAUCUGUUACAAAAGAAAUCUGCAAACUGCCCUCGUUUUUCUCCAGCACCCUUUUUAGAAAGAUCGAUGUUGACUGUACUGGAAUAGUGACGAGGGAUGCGUUUGUUGAUUAUUGGGUCAAUAGAAACAUGAUGACAAUGGAUAUAGCAACCCAAAUAUUUGCAAUAUUAAAGCAACCGGAUCGCAAAUACCUUACUCAGGAAGACUUCAAACCUGUUCUUCGAGAACUUUUGGCAACUCAUCCGGGGUUGGAGUUCUUGCAGAGCACUCCUGAAUUUCAGGAACGAUAUGCGGAAACUGUCAUAUACAGAAUAUUUUACUACAUAAAUAGAUCGGGAAACGGCCAUCUUACCCUCAGGGAGCUGAAACGUGGAAAUUUAAUUGCUGCAAUGCAACAUGCAGACGAGGAGGAGGAUAUAAACAAAGUGUUGAGGUACUUCUCCUAUGAGCAUUUCUAUGUGAUAUACUGCAAAUUUUGGGAGCUGGAUACGGAUCAUGAUUUCUUGAUUGAUAAAGAGAAUCUUAUUAGAUAUGGUAACCAUGCUCUCACAUACAGGAUUGUUGACAGAAUUUUUUCACAGAUUCCAAGAAAAUUUACUAGCAAGGUUGAAGGAAAGAUGGGAUAUGAAGAUUUUGUUUACUUUAUGUUGUCAGAGGAGGAUAAAUCAUCAGAGCCUAGUCUUGAGUACUGGUUCAAGUGCAUAGAUUUAGAUGGAAACGGCGUACUCACACCCAAUGAAAUGCAGUUCUUUUAUGAGGAGCAGUUGCAUCGCAUGGAGUGCAUGGCCCAGGAACCUGUGCUCUUUGAGGACAUUCUAUGCCAGAUGGUGGACAUGAUUGGACCAGAGAGAGAGAGCCAUUUAACUCUACGUGACUUUAAAAGCUGCAAACUUUCAGGAAAUGUUUUCAAUAUCCUUUUUAAUUUGAAUAAGUUCGUGGCCUUUGAAACUCGUGAUCCAUUUCUUAUUCGCCAGGAGAGGGAAGAUCCUACUUUGACAGAGUGGGACCGAUUUGCUCACAGAGAAUAUAUUAGACUUUCGAUGGAAGAAGAUGGUGAAGAUGCUUCCAAUGGAAGUGCAGAAGUUUGGGAUGAAUCGCUUGAGGCUCCCUUCUGAUUCCAAUCCGGGUGCGUAGAAGAAAGCUUUGGAUGCUUACUCAAGGCUAGGCAUUGAAAGCAGCGGCAUUCAACGUGGCUAAACACUUAAUGGACAGACUUUGAAGCAACAGGGAACCUCAUUCACAACAAGAUCUCGAGCUUUGCAUGCAAAAUCCAGCUGGGGUGGUCUAUUUUUACAGAGAUGCAAGCUCCUGGCCUUUUUUGUGCAAAUGAAUUUAAGCAGCGUUCUGGGUUUCCGAAGUGAAAAUUCAUCUUCAAAAAAAUGGUGGAUGUCCCUCAGGAAGUAGGCUGACCUGUGCUAAAUCAUCCGCUCGAACCAGGUAAUGUAGUCCGAGAAUAUUAGCCAAUUUUUUUCCCUUUAUGAAAAUCAGCUCCAUGUUUGGUUGCUUUCUCUCUCUUCUUUCUCUUGUCCUCGAUGGCAAUUUGUGGAAGUACAGGCAGGUGUAUUUGUCAUUUAACUUUUUACAGGCUCAUGCUUUUCCAGCCUGGGGUGGUAUGUUUGUCUUAUCUGCUGGUUUGGCUACACAGUUACAUCUUAUUCUGUUAAUUGGAUUUUAUUGGGGAUAGGAGAACGCAUUUCAAUCAGAUGUGGUUCAUUUUUUGUU